UUGUUGAUUCCAACGUGGAUAUGAUUAGCUGACAUGGCAAACAUGUGUGAAGCAUGACAUCCACGUAGUUAAGCAGACGACUGCUGCGUGUUACUCUGAGACCGCCACGCACCCAAACUACAUUCCCACGUGCCUAUAGAUUUCUACGUCUCGUGGGUCGUGGCCACCGUUCGAUCGAGUCUCUGUGGGGCGUUUUAUUACAAUCCUACGGCUUAAAUCAAACGAAAUACUCCGAUAGUGAUCUGUCUGAAAUUUAAAAAAAAACGCCGUUAUUUCAUUAAAGGUCUUUAAUCAUUGACAUCGUUCCACUGUCUUAAUGAGACAAUCCACUACGGACUUCCUAUCGUGCAACCGUGAUUUUCUUCUUUAUAAUACUCCCAUGCAAUGAUUAACAACCAGUAAAACAAAUACUUAAAUCACAGUGCACCUGGACACAACCACAGCAGAUUACACCUCGUCAGCAUGUUAUAAUGAACCUUGGCGUUAUUUAAGUCAUCUUCUUACGUUACAAUUCAUUCAUCCCACCGCUGGAUUUUUUCUUCGCCUCGAAACACUCAUUGUUAAUCUAUCUUCUUUUCACAAUAUUUAAUAAGUCGAAUCCGGCGAAUUGUAGUCUUAGGUUUUGUAAUUAAUAUAAUUUUAUUGGACGUGAAAUCUUAUCUCAUCGCCGAAGAAAGAUGGCCUAUGCAAAAAUAGGUUACGGUGGUACUUAUCUAGUGCACCGUGGCAUAUUGGAGUCCGAUAACAAUGCGAGAUCGCUUCCAUCUUCGUUUCCGAUCAAUCGCGAUGGUAAUCGCCGUAUCAACGUCGUAACGAUCUCGGCGUCUAUGGCGGAGGCGGUAUCGGAGAUAGAGAAACAGAGAGGAGGAAGAAGAAGCGGAGGGAGAGAUCGUAGGGAGGUGGAGGUGACGCGUGAGAAGCUGGACAGGUGGAUGAAGGAAUCUGUGACGGAGAUCGUGAAGAAUUUAAGUGAAGCGCCUUUGUUGGUCCAUCUGUACGCCGGAGAUGAGGAGAAGGGGACGGUGGUGGUGAUGAAAGCGGAGGAGUGGGCGGCGGUGAAGGGGAGAUGGAAGAGAGGAGAGGCGGAGAUGCCGGAUGGAAUGAUAUUCGUGGAGCAGUUAGGAGCGGGGGAUGAGGAAAACUGCGGUUGUGGCUUUGAAGGUGACGAUGGGACGCGUGCAUGGGGAUUGGUGGUGCAGGGGAAAGGAGUGGAGUGUGGGCCGGUUUGUUAUUUGCUAAAGACUACACGGGUUGGGUCAGGGUCAGGUCUGAGCAUGCAGUGUACCCAUUUCUGCUUAGCUAAGGUUUCGAGUUUUAGGGAGACGGCUGAGUCUCAGCUUAGAAAUUGUUGGCUCGUUGGAAAUUAACAAUGAAGCCUCUUCGGUUUCAUCGUGUGAAUAAUUGAAACUUAAUCUAGUGUGCAAUGUGUCUCAAAUUAUUCAUGCCUCUGUUCAACAAAGUCUUAGUGGCAUGUUCAACGAUAUAGUAAAAUAGUUUUAUGUUGUUCAGAAAAAAGUUAAAUAGUUUAUAGCUUUAUUUAUAUAUAUUUGACAUUUUUUUU